GUCGCUUUCCGGCCCCGCCUCUUCCGGUGCACGCGCGGUCAUGGCGCAGGGGCAACGCAAGUUCCAGGCGCAGAAGCCCGCAAAGAGCAAGGCGGCGGCGGCUGCCUCGGAGCGGAACCGCGGCCCGAGGAAGGGCGGCCGUCUCAUCGCCCCCAAAAAGGCGCGCGUGGUGCAGCAGCGGAAGCUCAAGAAGGACCUGGAGGUCGGGAUCCGGAAGAAGAUCGAACAUGAUGUGGUGAUGAAAGCUAGCAACAGUCUGCCCAAGAAGCUAUCCCUGCUGAAGGCCCCGGCGGCCAAGAAGAAGGGGACAGCCUCCUCCAGCAAGGCGCCGUCUUAGGCCAGGACUAGUUUUGUGCAGGUGACCACACGAGCUACACUGUGGGUGGAGGAUCUCUGCUCCCACAACUGAGUGGCACCCGGAACCACGGAUGGGGCCCAGCCAUGAGCAGAGGACCAGCAUAUCUGGAGUGUGGCUGGCUUCCUGGGAGCCCAGAACCAGUGAUGCCAGGAGAAUGCUUUCGCCAGGUUCCUGUGUCUCCCCCUUCCUUCCGCCAGCCCCAUCUGCACUGGUUUAACCCCGAGCAAUAAAAGCUGGCUUUGCUGGCCA